AUGACAGUGUCAACGGUGCCCUCAUUGAACGCCUCUUUACAUACGAGUGCGCCUGCGCUGGAGAGCAAGCGCAAGCGUGCGUCACGUCUACGGCGACAAAAGAACCAAGCACAGCAGAGCAUCAAGCAGCGCAUGUUUGAAAUGUCUGCCCCUGAUCCUGUGCUUGCGCACCGGCUAAACGAUGAAGGCCGUGCGACGUGGGAGAACUCUGAGCUUGCGAAGCUCAUUCUCACGAAAACAGAGGUAUGGGGUCUUAUGGAGGACCGUCGCGGUCGUCUUCAGACAGUCGAACCUACACCUCGUGCGGAAGAAGAUGCUCAAAUCGCAUCAGAUGUCGCCACAUAUGGUGGGCCACGGCGCCUCAAUUUUGGUCUUGACACGUCGGAUCGUCGCACGCUCUUCCAGUCAUUGCCCCGUGUUAUGACCACAGAUCGCGCGCAGGACCUGACAUAUUCCUCGCUUGCUCAUGAAGGCUCUGAUGCGAUGGCCCAGGAUCUUGCACAGCUCGAGAGUGAGCAGGCACAGAGUGCUGAGACGCUCGGCCGCAUUCUCGACUUGAGGAAUGCAAGUGGCAAGGGUAUUCAAGUGGAAAACACUCGUAGGAUUAUCGCACACUUUGGCCGCUCUACAGACAGCGGUAGUCCUGAUACCGGCUCCCCGGAAGUGCAAGCUGCACUACUAACGUACCGUAUCCGCAACCUGGCUGAACAUUUGCAACAAGCUCGGCACGACAAUAGCAACCGCCGCUCCAUGCGCCACUUGGUCCAUCAGCGAGCAAAAAUCCUGCGAUACCUUAAAUCCCGCGACCCUAUCUACUACCAAUCGUUCUUGCCUCGCAUAGGCGUUGAGGCUCGUGGUGUGGAGGGCGAGAUUGUUGUCCCAGGCAAACCAAAGGUCAAGCGUAUGUAG